AUGUCAUCAGCCGCCACCAACGGCUUCGCUGAGAAAGACGGCCAGUUCCGUCGCAAACCCUCAGCAUUCCGCAACUUUAUCUCUUCUGAUCCCAAUUCAGAGUUUCCAGCGGAAAAGGAUCGAUAUGCGCUUUACAUUCACAUGGGUUGCCCUUGGGCACAUCGUACCAACCUAGUGCGUAGCUUGAAAGGGCUGGAGGAUGUCAUCCAAUUGAUCGUAUGGGAUCUGUCGCUUGUUCACGAUAAGAAAGGAUGGGGCAUGUCUGGGAAGCCUGGGUUCGAAAAAGAGCCGCUGUAUGGUUAUACGAACUUGAGGCAGCUGUACGAAAGGGCGAACCCGGAAUACGAAGGGCGGUACCUCGUCCCGACACUCUGGGACAAGAAGAAAGGCAGGUCCCGUGACUGCAAGCGCGUAAAGACUAUGCGCUGA